CCGAGGAGCCGAGCGUCUGUCCAGGCAUACGGGCGACGGGAAGGUAAACCGACGGCUGGAAAGUGCCGCCGAGCCGCGGGGGGAAGAGCAGGGGAAGAGCUUCAACGUCAGAACCCGACACUUACCGAGGGGGAAGUCGGUGUGUUUGUGUGUAUGUGUAAAUCCCCCCUCCUCCUCUGAAAACAAAGUGUCACCGGCGGUUGUUCGGGAUGUGAAGAGCACCGGAACCCACCUGGAGCAGCGCCGUAACCCGAAGCCCGAUGCACAGCUCCGUCUGCCGGGUCCGCUCGGGCAUUUCACCCGCCGUGAGCUCACUCAACGUUCCCACCGGUGUGUUAGCGGAGGAGACACGCGGAGUAGUUUGCCAUAAUGUUUGACAACCAGGUCGCUUUUUGAUUUGAUACCGGGAAGCUUUUCUCUUUCUUUCUUUUUUUCUUUUUCUGUGGAAAGGCGGGGCCGAACCGGUGGACACCCAAACUGGAUUACCGAGCUCUCCGUGCGCCGAUUCACCCACAGCAACGCAGCGCUUUUUGGGGGGUCGACGGAGGAGGCAACAGCCGGGAUUUAGCAGCGUUUCUUCACAACUCUUCCCCUGCCUGACGCUCACGUCGGGUGCGAGCAGUUGUUCCUCUCAGUGGCCUCCCCUCUCCUUCCCCAUUCAGGAACAUAUAACCAGCUUUGGGACGCAUAUUUUUUUAUUUUUUCAUUCUUUUGGAGGGGGGAUAAUUCCUCCCCAGCCGGGGUCGGACUAUGGCGGACGACGACAUUCUCUUUGAAGAUGUGUACGAGCUCUGCGAGGUCAUUGGCAAGGGUCCCUUCAGUGUGGUGAGAAGAUGCAUCAACAGAGAGACGGGGCAGCAGUUUGCUGUCAAAAUCGUGGAUGUGGCCCAGUUCACGUCCAGUCCUGGACUCAGCACAGAGGAUCUGAAGAGGGAGGCCAGUAUCUGCCACAUGCUGAAGCACCCCCACAUCGUGGAGCUGCUGGAGACCUACAGUUCAGACGGGAUGCUCUACAUGGUGUUCGAGUUCAUGGAUGGAGCAGAUCUGUGUUUUGAGAUCGUGAAGAGAGCAGAUGCCGGCUUUGUCUACAGCGAAGCAGUGGCCAGCCACUACAUGAGACAGAUCCUCGAGGCGCUACGCUACUGCCACGACAACAAUGUCAUCCAUCGAGAUGUCAAGCCUCACUGUGUGCUGCUGGCGUCCAAAGAAAACUCGGCUCCGGUGAAGCUGGGAGGGUUCGGAGUCGCCAUUCAGCUCGGAGAGUCGGGACUGGUGGCGGGAGGUCGCGUAGGAACUCCACACUUCAUGGCCCCAGAGGUGGUGAAGAGGGAACCGUACGGUAAACCUGUGGAUGUUUGGGGCUGUGGAGUCAUCCUCUUCAUUCUCCUCUCGGGAUGUCUCCCUUUUUAUGGCACCAAGGACCGUUUGUUUGAAGCCAUCUGCAAAGGCAAAUACAAGAUGAAUCCUCGCCAGUGGAGCCAGAUCUCAGAGAGCGCUAAGGAUCUGGUGAGACGCAUGCUGAUGCUGGAUCCUGCUGAGAGGAUCACCGUCUACGAGGCUCUUAACCACCCCUGGCUCAAGGAGAGGGACCGCUAUGCCUACAAAAUCCACCUGCCGGAGACGGUGGAGCAGCUGAGGAAGUUCAACGCCAGGAGGAAGCUCAAGGGAGCCGUUCUGGCUGCGGUGUCCAGCCACAAGUUUAACUCUUUCUACGGAGACCCACCCGAGGAGCUCCACGACUUCUCCGAUGACCCCACCUCCUCAGGACUGCUAGCAGCAGAACGCGCUGUGUCUCAGGUGUUGGACAGUUUAGAGGAGAUCCACGCUCUGACGGACUGCAGUGAAAAGGACUUAGAUUUCCUCCACAGCGUUUUCCAGGACCAGCAUCUACACACACUGCUCGACCUCUACGAUAAGAUCAACACCAAGUCGUCGCCGCAGAUCAGAAACCCUCCCAGCGAUGCCGUGCAGAGAGCCAAAGAGAGUUCCUCCCAGGACGGAGCGAGUGGCGCUUUGAAACAUCUGGACUAUGUACUGGAAGAGAUCUCCUGCUACCCAGAGAACCACGAAGCUAAAGAACUCAGACGGAUACUGACCCAGCCUCAUUUCAUGGCCCUGCUUCAGGCCCACGACGUGGUGGCCCACGAGGUUUACAGUGACGAGGCUCUAAGGGUGACCCCUCCGCCCACCUCGCCCUACCUGAACGGAGACUCUCCGGAGAGCACCAACGGAGACAUGGACCUGGAGAACGUCACCAGAGUCCGGCUGGUCCAGUUCCAGAAGAACACCGACGAGCCGAUGGGCAUCACGCUGAAGAUGAACGACUCAAACCACUGCAUCGUGGCCAGGAUAAUGCACGGGGGAAUGAUCCACAGACAAGGAACGUUGCAUGUUGGAGAUGAAAUCAGGGAGAUCAACGGCAUCAGUGUGGCCAACCAGACUGUGGAGCAGCUGCAGAAGAUGCUGAGGGAGAUGCGAGGCAGCAUCACCUUUAAAAUCGUACCCAGUUACCGGACGCAGGGCUCCUCAUGUGAGAAAGAGUCCCCCAUCACCUCCAGGCAGUCCCCUGCUAAUGGCCACUCCAGCAUUAACAGUUCUAUCUUGGACCUGCCAUCCACCAUCCAGCCUAAAGGUCGACAGAUUGUAUCCAGACCUCCAAUCAAGGACAAAAUGUCUGUUAAGAUCUACGUGAGGGCCCAGUUUGAGUACGACCCCUCCAAAGACGAGCUCAUCCCCUGCAAGGAGGCCGGGAUUCGCUUCCGUGUGGGUGACAUCAUCCAGAUCAUAUCCAAGGAUGACCACAACUGGUGGCAGGGCAAACUGGAAAACACUAAAAACGGCACGGCAGGCCUCAUCCCAUCGCCUGAGCUGCAGGAGUGGCGAGUGGCCUGUAUAGCCAUGGAGAAGACCAAGCAGGAGCAGCAGGCCAGCUGCACCUGGUUUGGCAAGAAGAAGAAGCAGUACAAAGACAAGUAUUUGGCAAAGCACAACGCAGUGUUUGACCAACUAGACCUCGUCACGUAUGAGGAGGUUGUGAAGCUGCCUGCUUUCAAGAGGAAAACACUAGUUUUGUUAGGCGCUCAUGGAGUCGGCAGACGACACAUCAAGAACACACUCAUAACCAAACACCCCGACAGAUUUGCCUACCCCAUCCCACACACGACCAGACCUCCCAAGAAGGAUGAGGAGAACGGCAAGAACUACUACUUUGUUUCCCACGACCAGAUGAUGCAGGACAUCAGCAACAACGAGUACCUGGAGUACGGCAGCCACGAGGACGCCAUGUACGGGACGCGGCUCGAGACCAUCCGAAAGAUCCACCAACAGGGACUCAUCGCGAUCCUGGAUGUUGAACCUCAGGCCCUGAAGGUCCUGCGGACAGCAGAGUUUGCCCCGUAUGUCGUCUUUAUCGCUGCACCAACUAUCACACCAGGCAUCAAUGAGAUGCCCAGGUGGUGUCGAACGCUGCCAGACGAGUCGCUCCAGAGGCUGCAGAAGGAGUCGGAGAUCCUGCAGAAGACCUACGCCCACUACUUCGACCAGACCAUCAUCAACAACGAGAUCGAUGAGACCAUCAGGCACCUGGAGGAGGCCAUGGAUGUGGUGUGCACCACCAGCCAGUGGGUCCCCGUGUCCUGGGUCUACUAACCUGCACCACCUCCACCUCUACUAGUCCAUCUCCCCUCCCAGCAACCACACCUCAGCCAAACUCCCAUCACGCUCUCUUCAAAAACAACAAUAAUGAAAAAACUAUGAACACAGACGGAUGGGAAACGUCUCUCUCUACACUGCACUCGAUGGAAAACACCCUCAGCGUACUGUGAAAGCGACCACAGCAUUCAACCGAAAUCCUCCUGAGCACCGCGACGAACGACCUGCGGCCGCCAGAUACGGGACUGUUGCCCUUGCAGACGACCUAGUCAUAGUGUUGUAUAAAAACAGAGUAAACAAAAAGUGAAUAUUGUCAUGUCUGUACUAGCUAGGAGGCGACAUUUUUGUAGAUGUUUGUUUUAAAGAGACAGUACCGCGUUCCCAUCCUCUCACAUCGGUGCACUGCUAGCUCCCAUCAUCACACUGUCUGGUGUCCACCUGUAGAAGAGACGCUGUCAGUGGGUAUCCUGUCUAUCAGCAGACUGAUGUAAAAGCACACAAACACACUGCAAUGUCUUCUCAUCUAUAGAUCAUGUCAGCCGCCCUCGUUAUUUAUUCAUUCCUGUUCUUUUCAAAACCGUAACAGCGGAUUAUUUCCACUCAUGUCUCCUGCCGUCACAGUAUCGCUGUGCACCUUUCCACCCUACCAGGUACUGUCUCUUCUAAAUAAAUCCAUUUAUGUUUAGAGAUUUGAAUGAGGUUAUCAUGCAUGUGGACAUUUGCAAGCUUCCAUGCUGUCAGUCAGUCAGUGUUCCCCGUGUCCCUCUGUAAACCUCCGAGAAAGAAAAAAAUAUAUAUUUAAAGGAAAAAAAACAUUCCAGUUGUUUUGGAAGACUGAACUCAGCCAAGAGAAGCCAGAGGGGGCAAGAAAAAAUAAAUAAAUAAAAUAAACUAACAGAGACGGAGCUGGACGUUGACACCUAUGCACAUCCCUUGCAUUUCAGGUGACAUUUCUAAACCACAGAUUUAUAGAAAGAUUGACCAUGUAAGUGAGAUGUGUUUGUAAAAAAAAAAAAAAAAAAAAAUCUUAACAAAGACUUGAUUUCUUUUUCCUCUUCGAUUUGUCAUUUUUAAAAAAGGAUAAAUUUCACCUGAUUGCUCAUUUGCCAUUUCAGAAAUGUGAUGUCCCAGAGUAUUAGUGUCUCAAUCAAGUUUAAAAAUGGAUGAGAUGAAAUGCUGAUUUUCAUUCUGAAACUGUGUAAACUGUCUGCAAAGCGAGUGAAGAGGAGGCAGCGUGUGCAGCUGAUCAACCACAUAUAUGAAUACGACAGACUGACGUACAACUGCCCCUUGUGUAAAUGACUCUGCAAUGAUAAAAGUUCUUCAGUAUGAACAAUUUUUUAAAAUAUAUUUCCUUUUAUGUGUUGGAAACAUGAA